AUGGCCCCCAAGAUCCCAGGCCUCGCACAAUUGCAAAGCUUUACCACGAAGCAGCCCUCGAAAAAGACAGGCAAUAGCGACUCUCCCACUGAACUGCGCAAUGACCUUAUUUUGCGCGCUGCGCGUGGUGAAAAGACGGAGCGGACUCCCGUCUGGGUGAUGCGCCAAGCUGGACGCUAUCUUCCAGAAUUCCGCAAGAUCCGCGAGAAGCACGAGUUUUUUGAGUGCUGCCGUGAUCCCGAGAUCGCAUCUGAGAUUACACUGCAGCCGAUUUUGCGCUAUGAGGGCCUGCUGGAUGCUGCAAUCAUCUUUUCCGACAUCCUUGUGAUUCCCCAAGCGAUGGGAAUGGAGGUGGAAAUGGUGCCUGGAAAAGGCCCGACAUUUCUUUCUCCGCUCGACACACCAAAAGACUUGGACCGCUUGAAAAAAGUGGAUGUCGACAAGGACCUCGGCUACGUGAUGCAGGCCAUUACGCUCACACGCAAGAAACUCAGAGGCCGCGUACCUUUGAUCGGGUUCUGUGGCGCGCCUUGGACUCUGAUGGCAUAUAUGAUUGAGGGUGGCGGAUCGCGUAGCUGGGAGAAGGCAAAGCAGUGGCUUUUCAACCACCCUGAAGAUAGCAGGGUAUUGCUGGACCGCAUCGCGUCCACCUGUGCAAAGUUUCUUGUUGCACAAGUGUAUGCUGGCGCGCAGCUUCUCCAGGUCUUUGACUCAUGGGCCGGUGAGCUUACUCCGCACGAUUUCCGCACAUUUGCGCUUCCGUACUUACGCGCCAUCGCUGUCGAGGUCCGCGACACGCUUGCUUGCAAGUCGGCCAUAGUGCCCCCCAUGAUUGUGUUUGCCAAAGGCGCGUUAUCCCAUUCGCUUUCCGAGAUACUGCGCAGUGGAUACGAUGUUGUUGGUCUCGACCAGUCGAUUGAGCCUAUCGUCGCGCGCAGCGCCGUCGCAUCCACGCAGCUCAGCAGCACCAAGUUUUCCAAGGCUGCUGGAGGCAAAGAAACAGGGCACACUAUUGCGCUGCAAGGUAACAUGGAUCCCGCGAUCUUGUACGCACAUCCAUCUGUGAUUGAGGCGCGUGUCGAGCGGAUGCUGCGCGCGAAAGUAGGUGGCUUUGGCGGGCAAGGCGCGUAUAUCUGCAACUUGGGUCAUGGUAUCACGCCUGGUGUAGACCCCGAGAAUCUCGGCGCAUUCCUUAAGGCCGUGCGGCGCGUCAGCCGCGAGAUUCAGCAGGAGCAGAACGAAUAG